GGGGGACCAAAGAGCCGAAGCUCAACCCCUUCAAGCACAACUAGGUGAGCACAUUUGAAGUAACAAUGUGAUUUCCCAGAGUACUGUUUAUUUUUAAGUAAAAUGAAUUACAAAUUUUAUUUUGUAAGUUCGCCGUAAGAGAAAGAAUGAGAAAUAAAAUAAUAAGGUUAUCACUCCCCAGCAGACAUGAGGCAUCACUCCGGCAAUGAGAUGGGUGCCGGCUUCUAUUGCGGGAAAUGUUGAGGUUAACAUUGUUACAAAGGCAUAAACCAGUUAUUUAUGGCAACAUUAAUGUAUACGCAUAUAGUUUAGGAAUGUAUAUCAUAUAACUUAAAAUAUAUAUAGAAAAUAAAUACAUUUACGACGCCUAACAGAUACGAAUAUGCAGGAAAUACUUGACUACAGUGUUGCCAUAUCGAGCAGUGGUGGCCACUAGUGUACGUUGCUUACAGUCACUCAGUUUGUCAUCGAGUGCGCAGUUGAGCACACAGAUGUGCUCUCUUGGUUCAAUGAAGCUGUAAGGAAACUGUUGCCUGCGCAGAUAGACUACAUCAUGAUACAGGAAGACAACACCGCCGCCACACAGGCACUGGUGUCCGCGGUCAGGAAUGGGGACAAAGAUGGAGUAGAGACAGCCAUCCACUCCGGAGGGGACAUCCACACCUCCGUUCCCAGGGACGAUCCGGAUGUCCCCGGGGGCUCCCUGUUGACUCUCGCUGCCUAUCGGGGUUGUACUAGCGUGGUGCCCGUUCUCCUCAGCGCUGGUCACCACGUGGACAGCAAGGGAGCCUUCCCUUACACGCCGCUCCAGGUAGCAGUGCAUUGCGGCCAUCAGCAGAUCGUCACCACUCUCAUCGACGCCCACGCUGAUGUCAAUGCCAAAGACCAGCAUGGGGUGACCUCGCUGCACCUGGCUGCGAGACGUGCACGUACGUCCUGUGCGAGAGCUUUGAUCAACGCAGGAGCCGACUUGGAUGCUCAGGACAGCGCUCUGCGCACCCCUCUACAUGUCUCUGUCUUGAGUUAUUCUACCGAUAACACCGAGGUUAUGAAACUGUUAUUGGACGCAGGCUGCAACUACCGAGCACUCAAUAACACUGCCUUCACGGCAAUGCACGUGGCGGCCUUGUCCGGAAAUGAAAAAGCUGUUCAGGAACUGUGCAUGGCCGGUUUGAACCCGGAGGAAAGGGACGAGUUCGGACUGCUGCCGGAGGACAUAGCCGAGGCCUGGGGCAAGCACAACACAGCUUGGCUCCUGCGCAAGAUGCCCCAACGCACGAAGAGGACUUCUCCCAAACCUAUACUACAAAUGUUGAAGAGAAGUUGGGAUGAAUACGAAGCUGAAGGUGUGAAGACUUUGAGUUGGGUACACGACGGAAACUUCGUAUUAAUUAAAGAAAAUGUCCCCGAGAACCGUGAUGGACAUUAUCAGGACAGUGAGGGUCUGACAGCUCUCCACUGGGCAGCCAAAUUGGGCCAUAAGAUUAUGGUACAUACUCUGAUCGACACGUGUGGGGCCGUGCCCAGUGUGGUGACCUAUGAUGGGCAGACUCCAGCUGACCUGGCACGGAUGGCAUCCCACGAGGACCUGGCAAGCACCAUCAUGGAAGCUACGCACCCUCAGGCUGGCGUGUCCGCUCCAGCGCUCUACAAGGAACUUUUGAUGGUGAUCAGCGCUGGUGACGACGUGGCGGAAGCCUCUCGGCUGCUGCGCUCAGGAGCGCCGCUCGAGCCCGUGGGGGACUUCUACACCAGCGCCCUCGUCCUCGCCGUCACCUGUAAUAGGCCGAGGAUCCUGAGUCUUCUGGUGGCAGCUGGAGCACCACUCACCACCUGCUCUGGGGGCCUCUCUCUCCUCCAGCUGGCCUGGCGUUCACAUGACGUUACCAUCCGGCUUCGCGUUCUCGUCACCAGGCAUUUUCUGCAUGCACUACAAGCCGAGGAGCGUCGUGUGAGGCCACAAGACUCUGCUCUUAGAGAGGGUAUUGACCACCUCGUGACGAGUCUUAGAGGCGAGACCCCUUGGCAGACCAGCUGGCCUCUUCAGGCAGACACUGACCACACCUCACUCAUGGUCUCGGCUGCCACUAACAACUGCCCUCUGACAGCAUCCUUCCUGAGGCAGGCGGGAGCCAAGUCCUUCCUGCAGGACCAGUCCGGCAUCACUCCUCUGCACGCGGCGCUGGACGCCCACCACUGGGACCUCGCCAGGUUGAUGGUCAAGCACAUAGGAGCCUGUCUCUACAUCCCCGACUCCUCAGGCAGGCUUCCCUUGGACAUGCUGCCCGCACACCACAGAACACAGGUGGAGGAGGGCAUUUAUCACCACGAGAAGCAACAGCUAGAAGAUCUGAUAGAGAGGAUGAAGGACAAAGAAGAGAAGGACCAGCUACACGCGGUGUUAGAGGAUUAUACUUCACUGUUCACACGUUACCGUGCAACUCCCACCUUGGCCCAGGGGCCGCCAGCCUCAGAAGCGACACCACAACAACACACCGUCCGCGCUUAUGGGCUUCUGGUGUGCUGCCGGCGCGGACUGCUGCAGCUGGCCUACCUCCUGGUUACUGUCGGGGGCCUCAGUGUUGACUCAGUGGUUGACGCUACUCACGACUCUACUGCACUCCACCAAGCUGCCUCCCACGGUGUAUCUGGAUGCUUAGCUCUCCUGCUAAGUCUUGGGGCAUCGGCCUUAAAGAGAGACAGAUACGGCCAUACACCAUCCCACUUUGCUGCAAUGUUUGGCCAUAGUACAACUUACCAACAACUGGAGGUGUUCUUGGCUAAUCAUGAGCCAGUGAGUAAGGCAGGAACAACACCCUCUGCCAUUAGCACUAACUUUACUGAUUAUUUGCAUCGCUACUUGAAGAGCGAAACAGACCAAGGAGAGGAUUUGGUGUUCAGUCAACCCUCUGAAGCUAUUCAGAAACUCCUAAAUCUUGCUAAUAUAAAAGACAUUGCAACACAAGUUGAUGAGAUUAAAGUUAACUUUAAGAAAGGUGAAGCUAAGAAGGUCCAAGAAGUCGUGACCAGAGAGGUACAGAAUAUUAUGGACAGAGUGAGUGCUGUUGACAGGCUGUAUGAGGGGGAGCUUAUCACAGUUGGAAGUUCAUCAGAUGGAACCCGUCUCUAUGCACCAGAUGAGUAUGACUUGAGUGUCGUGCUCUCAAACAUACCGGAAAUCAAAGUGGAGAUUGUCGAGCAAUCGGCAUAUCACGCUGCCCUGAGUGGACACAGACUAAGAGUACGAGUCAAGACAGACCAUCCAAGUCUUCAAGGGAAGACUUUGAUAAAUAACUUUUACGAGUUAGUAAAGCAAUGUUUGGAAACUCACACAAUUGAGAGCAGUCAGUUGAGCCUUGUGCCUCCAGGGGUGACCAGAACUCAGGUAGGUGUGGCACUGACACUUGCCUGGCAGGGCAAAGAGUAUCCUCUUUUGCUGAUUGGCAUAGACUUGGUUCCUGUAGUGACUAUCCCCUGGCCAGCAGAGGUAAGCAGACCCCCACUGACUCCUGCUAACAUCAAACAAGUGUAUUUGAGUAACACAGCCGACGGGGAGUGGCGUUGUAGCUUUGCUGGAGCCGAGGCAAAAGUCCUGAGCCAACUGGACUCCCAGGAGCGCCGGGUCUAUGUGGCCUGCAAGACUCUUCUCUCUCACCUGAAGGCUGAGCCCUGGAUGCCUCGAGAAGUAAAGGCAAACUAUACUUGGUGGGAUUCACGCAAGUGGAAAAUCAUGAUCCCAGCAGGAUUUGCUGUGAAGAACAGCUUCCUAAAUCAGUUGCAACGCAAACGCGAGGAGAAGAGAGAGUGGCGAGACGAGGACCUCUUAGACGUGAUCAUCACCAUCUUGAGAGACAUGUGCCAGGACUUCAGUGACCCAACAACUGCCGUGGAGUCCUUGGUACCAACCAAAGUUUACGCUUAUUUUGGUGGAGAGUUUGAGAAGCCCAAGACGGGGGAAGGUGCUCCUGAGAUUAUUAAAAUCCUCAAAGAGAUUCAACAGCAAGAUACUAGUCCUAAAUCAUGGUUACCAAAUUUAUACUGCAGUAUACUGUAAUUCACUCUAAAUACUCUACUGUAAAUAAAUUAGUUUUCUGCAGUUAUUUUGACAUGUAAAAAAUCUGUCAAUUUUAAAUGUAAUUUUAAAUCGAAAUUGGAUUGAAUCCUGUAAAUUAUUUCUUUCAUAGUAAUAUUUUUUAUUUAGAUUUAAGAAACUCUUUUAUUUGAUCAUAUGUGAUAUAUAGAAAUAUACUUGAGCUUUCUCCGAGAAUUAGAUUCUAGGAUCAUUCUCUCCAUCAGAGACAAAAGAUGCUGCCAGUUUCCUUUUUCAGCACCUCAGUGUGGCGGUUCAGAGCGGAAACGACUGUUGUGUCCUCGGGUCCAGUCUGGAAGUUGAGGAGCUCCGAGAGAUCUAUACCCUCUAACCUCUCAGUGUAUUUAUUCAUCAAUGUGUAACUUGUAACAAUUAAAAUAUCAAAUAAAGCAAAAUAAAACAUAAAAAGGAAGGGGCGUGGAAGAAGAUGGAAAAAUGUAUUUGGGGAGACCUAAUAGUCCAUUCCAUUGCUUUGUGUGAGUUUUUCUCAGAAUAUAUAUGUGUGUGUGUGUCGUACCUAGUAGCCAAAACGCACUUUUCGGCCUACUAUGCAAGGCGUCUUGGCAAGACCACGCAUGCAUAUAUAUAUAUAUAUAUA